AUGUAAGAUGCUUACCUUCAUUAUACUUCCAUUGAUGUUACAUUUUCUAUUUAUUGAUCUUUAAUUAAAAACCGUAAUUUUGUUUUGAUCUUAUUAUAUAAGUAGCAAUGAUUGAAGCAUACAUCUGUAGCAACAUGUGGCCAUGACAUUAGUUAAGCAAGAAAAAGAAUAAAAUGCUGUUGACUACUGUCGCUGCUCAGCUUCCAAGUUGUUGGUACCGCAUUCCCAACCAUCUUAACGUCCAUCAUCAUGCCCAACAAAAGAGAAAACUCACGACUCUAUCACUUGCCAAUGCAGAUAGCCAAAUUUCCCUCAAAAACUUAUGUGGCCUAAGUCUUCCUCAGACCCACAAUUGCAGCAAAGGGAAAGAAAGCAAUAACCGUUCAGUUCACAAUUCCAAUUCAAACCAGAACCACAAACACUUAUUAUUUCUACAAUUGUUCCCUGACAGUGACACAGAUGACAUCAAUAAUCAACAUCCAAGGACAAGAAACCACUACCAUCAUCAAGUAGACGACCAAGGAGAAUUCAAGGACAAUAACAGGGCUAGCCUUUUCACGAACAUGUGGUGGGUAGAUGUGAAAGCAGCACUUGGCCAAAGAAUAAACUUGGAGGCCAUUCUAUGUUCAACUAUGGUGAUGUUUAAAGACCCAAAAUUGGCAAUGCCCCAUAUUUCUGUUCCUGAUAUACGGUACAUUGAUUGGGCUGUGCUGCGCAAAAAGGGAUUUAAGGGAGUUGUCUUUGACAAAGACAAUACUAUUACAGCUCCUUACUCUUUGAAGCCCUGGCCACCACUUGCGUCUUCAUUGGAGUGUUGUAAAUUGGCAUUUGGUCAUGAUAUUGCUGUAUUUAGUAACUCUGCUGGACUUCAUGAAUAUGACCAUGAUGGUUCAAAAGCUAGGAUGCUUGAAGGUGCAAUCGGAAUUAAAGUAAUCCGACAUAGGGUGAAGAAGCCAGGCGGUACAGCUGAAGAAACUGAAAAGCAUUUUGGUUGUGAAGCUUCGCGAUUAAUUAUGGUGGGUGAUCGGCCAUUCACUGACAUUGUUUAUGGCAAUCGGAAUGGGUUUCUAACUAUUUUGACAGAGCCAUUGAGUCUUGCUGAGGAGCCAUUUAUUGUUAAACAGGUGAGGAAGCUAGAGAAUUCCUUUGUAAGGUACUGGUCCAGAAGAAGGUUGAAGCCACUUGGCCAGAGGUUAUUGCCAGAUCCAAAUAUAUGUGUGAGAGAGCCACAUCCUUCACAAGACUAAUCUCUAAACACUGCCUUUUUUUUUUACCAUAUUACUGCCCUUGAGUAAUGCAUACAUGUCAAUAUUUUUUUAAAUAAUCAAUUAGUUUAUUUUUUACCAAAA